GCUACUUCUUGAGUCGUGUGAUACUGCUUAAAUGAAUUAAAGCAAAUUCUAAAUCACCUGCUCAAGUUUCACUGACCUCUUAGUGCUUAUUAAAUAAUUAUAAUUUAUUAGUAGUAGCCCAAACACUUCAGUUUCUUAAACCAAUCACUUAAUAUAGUGGUUGUAAAACAGCAUGUAAAAUAUUGCAUUACUAGCAAACUUUAAUUUUAAAUGGCUCUAGUGUUUUUAAUCAUUUAGUUGAAACUCUAAUUUUCUGGGAGAUGAAAUUAUCUUCUAACUGUGCUGUGAAAGUUUCUUACAGGCAUUUAUUUCACAUGAAUUAAAAUCAAAGUCCUGAAUAAUGAAUUCACAUAUGACUGUUUAAUUAGCAAUAAUAAAUGAAGAUAAAUAGCUUGAUAAUUAAACUUAAUUUUAACUUCACUAUAAUGUGUUUCCGAAUAUCAGAAUCAGAAACUAGGGAGUACUGUAAUUUAUUUUUCUAUGCAAGUUUGACACAAGAAAUAAAUAUUAAAUAUUUUUAAAAUAACUUCCAUUUUUUUAGAUAUUGUACAUUUAUUUUUAUAGGCUUUAAGUAGUAAAGUAGUGUUUUUACCAGUUAAACUGUGAAAUGCUCCUUUGAAUUUUAUGUAUUUUUAAAGUUGUUAAGAGAAAGUGAAAUAUUUUUUUUUUGCAUUUGCUAAUAUUUAUUAUUGUGCUUAUUGCAUAAGCCACAUUAUUUAAAGUCAAACUUGCACAGCAGUCAGAAAUGUCAAAAAGACCUCAGAUUCAUGUUUUUGUGGGAGCACCCCAUAUUCCAGGCCCACUGGAGGUGUUAGAGCAAAGCAGUUCAGCACCUACUGCUGAAAAAUGGAGAGAGCUGCACUGUUUGUGUGAUGCACAUGGCCUUUUCUCUGAAAAAGUCCAAGGUGCUGCUGACCCCUCAGUGUUCCAGGCAGGAAACUCCAUAGUCAGAGCAGUUCCUACAAGGGAUGGCAGCGCUCAGCAGCCUGAACAGGGAAGGGCAGUGGCAGCAAAAGAAUGUUUGACAUCUCUUGUACCCGUGGCAGUAAGUUGUGCCAGCACACCUACAGAGACCAAAAGUUUAACUUAUUCUGAUUGUCAGAUAUCUGAGGAUAGAUACACACCUGCAAAUGUAAAUCAGGCUGCAGAUCAGCACCUUCCCCAGAACUUUGCAGAAUCAGCUGGACAAGACAAACCAUGGCGUGGCUGCUGCUCAGACCUCACGGAGAGCAAAGCCGGUCGCUCGGAAGCGAACGGCGCCGACAUUUCCGAGUUGGUUGCCAGCACGAAGCAGAUCAGCAUAAAUCUGUCUGUGGGACUGCAGUCAGGUGACAGAAGUGAUCAUCAUGAACAUCUGGGUCAAUAUCUGGAUAUGGUUUUCCGAAAAAGUCAAGGGUCAGAACCAGAAGCACCGAACGGUUGUUCAAACUGUGCAGUGUCAGCAGACACUGAGUUUCGCAGUGUAGUGACAUCAAGUCAGAUGGCUGUUCUUGCACAGGAGCAGAGUGAGAUGCUGGAAAGAAUCAUAGAACUGUCAGAAACAGAGACAGGCAAAAAACCUGAAGAAAGGCAGUAUGAUCACUUCCAAUUUGAUUCUGGUGUUGGAACGUGUACUAAUGUGGCUGAAAAUGAAUAUAAGGAAGACUAUACAAAUUCUCUUGAUCUUUUCAGUUCUGAGGAUGAUGGGAAAAAUGUUUGUUUUGAAGCUACGAAACAAGAAGGAAGUGCUCAGGAAAACAUAGGGAAAUUACAAGAAAUUGAAGUUCCUGCUGAGCCCUUGGUAAAUGAAAUCCAUAUUGAACCACUGAGCUCUGGAAUAUUGUGCUCUCAAGUAGACAGUUCUCAUAAGAACUCUUCUAAAAGACCCCGCAAGUGUGAAGAUUCCUUUCAUCUUUUUCACUCAGCAUUUAAAAGGCAGCUGGUAUCCAAGAGAGCUAAAUUGCAUUCUUCUCCACCUGGUCCUGGUACUAGAGUGGAUCAAGAGAGGAUGACAGAGUUCAAGAAACUUCAGAAGAAACUAUCAUCACUGAAGAAUUGCUGCUGCAAAAAUCAAAAAUACAAUGUUUUGGUCACAGUAGUACAUCCUUGUCAUAUCAAAGAAAUACAAGUAAAGACUAGACCAAAAUCUCCAUGUAAAGUUCCUGUAGCAACAAUUGUUGUUAUUGACCAGUCAGAAACUGAGAGAAAGGUGGUGCUGUGGCGUGGUGCUGCAUUUUGGUCCCUCACUGUGUUUCCUGGGGAUGUUGUGCUGCUGACAGAUAUAAUAAUGUAUGAGAAUCUUUGGUGUGGAGAAGUCAUGCUUCAAUCUACAUUUACCAGCCAGUUACUGAAUCUGGGGAACUGCUCAACUCUCAAUCCAGAAGAAUUUUAUCCUUUAGGGGAUUGUGGUGUUCUCCGUGGCUUAUUGGCAUACAUAUCAUCAGAAUUUCCACACUUCAGAGACAUUCCACGAAGACAAGUUCAGAGACUGGAUGGUGUUCAGUACAUGCAGCUAGAUCAGCUCCAGCCAAACACAUUGGUGCACUCAAUCCUGAAAAUUAUCGACAUUGCUGUAUUAACAGAAUCUGUGUAUAGCUACAAAGGUGGCAGGCAAAGAAAAAUUAUUUUAACAGUAGAACAGAACAGAGAUCAACGCUAUAGGAUGGUUCUGUGGGGAGCAGGGGCUGCCUGGUGCCCUCAGCUUCAAAGGAAAAAAGAUCACAUAUGGGACUUCAAAUACCUUCUGGUCCAAUGUAGUUCUGUCUCAGGUGACUUGGAACUGCACACAACUCCAUGGUCAUCCUGUGAGUGCUUGUUUGAUGAUGACAAAAGGGCAAUUGAAUUUAAAGAAAAGUUUCAGAAAAGCCAGACAUCCCUCAUGCAGUUGACAAAGCUCUCUGCACACUUGGAGGAAAAAUGCUCAGGAGUGAUUCAAGUGAAAGCCCAUAUCUUAGAAUUGAAGUUUACCAUUUCAACUGGUCAGUACAAGCAACUCAUCUUCUCUGCUGACACUUCACUGGAGUGUGUUUUGGCUUCUCUGCCUAUGAUUACAUAUUCAGGUUGUGCCAAAUGUGGUUUGGAACUGCAGGCAGAUGAGAACAUGAUCUACAAGCAAUGUAUUAGAUGUUUGCCAUACAACAAAGUAAAAACAUUCUACAGACCUGCUCUGAUGACAGUAGAAGAUGAAGGAUAUGAAAUUUAUGUUCAUGUUGUGUCUGAGUUGAUGGAAAAAAUCUUCCUCAAUAUUCCUGCAGACUGGCUGAACAGAUUACUAGUGCCCUCCUCAGAUAUAACCUACAGCACAGUAGUAGCAGAUCUGUGUCAUUCACUGCUAACAGAUACAGAAGCAUCCUAUUUGUUGGAAAUCAGGAGCCAUUUUGUGCUAGAUGAGAACAGCUACCCUUUGCAAAAGGAUUUCCAUCUGCUGAAUUUUCAUCCUGAUUUUUGAAUUACUGACCUCUGCGGUAACUGAGUAACAAAGAUUGUAAGAACACACAGGUGGCAAUCAGAAGAAAAACGAGUUAGGUGAAGGAAGCAAAUAUCUUAAAAAAAAUUACAAUAAAGGACUUUAAUCUUAACUUAUGAAAAAAGCAAAACCACCUAAAGGAUUGAUAUGGAAUAUGUGCUGAUAGUAUAUACUGCUGUUGUAAUACUGGUGAAUUGUCAUAAAGUAUAUUUUUAUACCUGUAUUUUUAUCUUAAUAAACUCUUCCUGGA